AUGCGCGGCGCGUUUAUCGUCGUCGAAGGCCUCGACCGCUCCGGCAAGACGACUCAGGUCGCCAAUUUACAAGCCAAAUUAGAGAGCUCUGGCACCCCCGUGAAGCUGUUCAAGUUUCCUGACAGAACAACUGCAAUCGGCCAAAUGAUCGACUCGUAUCUUCGCUCCCAAUCCGAGUUGGACGACCAGGCGAUCCACCUGCUCUUCUCCGCAAACCGCUGGGAACUUGCCACGUCGAUCGAAAGCUUGCUUGAACAGGGCACGACAGUCGUUUGCGACCGCUACGCGUUUUCUGGCGUGGCGUUCUCUGCAGCAAAGGGCCUGCCCCUCGAGUGGUGUCGGGCGCCCGACUCUGGACUUCCCGCGCCAGAUCUGACGAUUUUCUUCGACAUCUCACCUGAGGCUGCGCGUGCUAGAGGCGGGUAUGGAGAGGAACGAUACGAGAAAGAGCAGCUGCAGAGACGAGUGAGGGAGCUAUUUGACGUGCUUGCGAGCGAGUUCGAUGAUGAGAGAUGGGUUACAGUCGAUGCUGGGCGAUCGAAAGAGGAAGUAGCUGGAGAAGUAUGGAAGUAUGCGGCAGCACUGGUGGGGAAAGUAUCACCACAGGUUGAUAAAUUGUGGGUUCCAGCCCUGCAAGGACGAAUUAUGUACUCUAUGAAAUUGUGA